AUGUCCGGCUCGACUACCGCCAGGAGAGAGGUGUCGGAGUGGCUGAAGGCGCAAACGGUAGGAGCGGGAGACGGCGGGGUCGGACGCAUCGAGAUCGACCACGUGAAGGAGGAAGAGAGGCGCAUCGUCCUGAAGGAGGCCUCGGGGGGCCAGGUCUUCUCCAUAACCUACCAGAAGGAGUACCCCAACUCGGCUGAUGAAUACCUGCGAUUUCUGCAGAAAAAGUCGGCGAAGAAGGGGAAGGGGGCCCUGGGAGCGACCCCAAGCUCCGCCGCCCUGGGCCAGGAGGGGCCCCGCGCCGACGCUUCGCAAGAAGGAGGGGGGGGGUGUAGCGACGGGGGGGGUGAUGGCAGCGCGGGAGAUGGAGGCGACGAUGAAUUUGGAGAGGAGGAGGAGGAGGAGGAGGAAGAAGAUGGGAACGAGUCCGACUAUGUGGUUGAUAGUCGGUGGGUAUCGGUGGGGAAGGGGGGUAGGAGGUCAAGGGGAAGGGUGGAGGGGGGGGGGCAGAGGCUGCGCAGACGGGAUCGACCUGGCUCGACGAGCACUACAAGAAACGGAACUGGCAGCAAGGAGAAGGCACUGCGAGAGGAAAUGGCGGCCAACAAGGAAAGGGAGGCCAAGGAAAACGCCGACAAGAAGGGAGUCAAGCCCAAGAAGGUGGAGAACAUUUUCACGUCCAAGGCUUCGUCUGCGGUGCUUACCCAAGACCUGCUAGACAUACAGCGGUUGGAGCAAGAGCUGGGCAUGGAGGUAGAGGCCGUCGACGACAACAUUUUCCACUGGAAGGUGAAGAUCAACCGGGUUAGCGACACGAGCCCUCUGCGCGAGGACUUGGAGAAGUUGCGGCAGACGUACGCCUACGGCUACGUGGAGAUGGAGCUGACGUUCACCAUGGACCUGUACCCCUUCUACCCCCCCCUGGUUAAGCUGGUGCGACCGCGGUUCCAGGGCUUCAUGAUGGGCCGCAUCACUAGCCUCGAGAUGCUGCAGCUGUCCAAGUGGUCCAGCGUUCGAGGCAUGAAGGGGGUGUUGCAGGGGAUCAGGACGGCCCUCGAGACCUGGGGGCGUCUCGACCUCGGGAGUGAGCUGAACGACGUCAUCGUGCACCCGGAAGGGUCGUACACCGAGCUGGAGCACCUGCUCAUGCGGCUGGGGCUAGUGACCGAGAUCAGACCCCACGCGUCCAUGCAAUGCGACGAGGACGCCCUGCUGCUGGGGCAGGAAGUAGGAGGAGGAGGAGCGGAGAUGGAGAUGGACGAGGCGGAUGACGACAGUUCCCGACAGCACUGGGCGCCAGAGGACGACGACCAGGAGGGUGAGGGUUCGUCGGUAGAGCGGAAGCGGAAGCGGAACGGGGAGAGCUCGACGGCGACGUCCCUCGUUGACCCUGAGAACGGGAACGAGGAGGCCAGCAACGGGCAGGGGGCGGGGGGAGCGGGAUUGGCGGGGGCGCCGAGCCAGGCGAAGAAGGGUGCCUCUGAUGACUCUAGAGGGGGUUCUUCUGGCUCGGUGUCGUUUUCCGGGUGGGCAGCCUCCCCAGGGACGGGCGGCACCGGCGGCGGCUUGAACGCCACGGCAGCAGUCUUGGCGAAGGUUGCAGCGGCCGCCGCAGCGAGUACCGGCGGACUGGCGGGGGGAGAGGGGGGAGGGUCCAAGCAGGGCAGCAACAGCAGGCAGUACUGGGCAGCUGGGACGGGGUACGGGCACAGCGGCGCGGCGGGAGAAAAGUGGGACGUUGACGCGUACCUCGCGGCGCAACGGGAGCAAGAUCGGCUCAAGGAAGAUCUGCUGCAGGAAAUCGCGUACCUGAUGAGACCCGACGAACGGCAUGCCUUCCCGGAGUUUGCCGCGUUGAAGAGGAAGUCUGCGCUCCCGACCCCGCCGCCACCGCCGCCGCCGCCUGCGGGAGGCUCGAAUCCAGAGGAAGAGUUGGAGGAGGAGGAGGGGGAUGGGGAGGGUUCCGUUGUGGCAGGGAAAGGCAAGGCUCGAGGGCAGGUGGGGAGAGGCGAAGAAGCAGCAGGGGUUUCCGCUUCCCCGGCGGAGGCGAACGGAAUUGGGCCUGGAGACGGGGCGGGGGGCGGGGGAGGGGGGGGAGAGGGGGGUCCCGCGAAAGAGCGCAUCGACCCCAGCGGGAGAAAGAGAAAAAAACUCACGUUUGCUAUGGAGGAGUACAGGGUGGACAGCGUGAACUCGAGCCUGAGGGUGUUGGAAGAGUCGUGUCUGGUGCCGUUCCUGCAGCAGCUUCUCGAGAACGACUCGCUCCUCGAUGUCGACAGGCACGCCGCCCUCUACACCUCCGUCUUCAAGUUGGUUCGGUGCAUCGCGUCUUGGCGAUCCCUCCAUCCCCUUCUUGGACCGAUGAAGGGGCAGAAGCCACGCCGCAGCCUCUACCGGCUCCUUAGCAAGCUGGGGGAUCGGGCCAAGGUCUACCAAUCGACGACGUCGAAAGGGAGGGUGGGCAAAGGGGGCGACAAUGCCAAGGCCAAGGCAAAGGGGACCAACUUAAAGACCAAGCCAACGGCUGGAGGACCGCCGGUCCCGGCAAGUCAAGAUUCUUCUUCCUCGUCUUCCCAGUCGGGGAAAACGAUGGGCUUUGGUCUCGCUCUCGGUGUGUUCUCGAAGAAGGCCGCCGGCGCUGACGAGGCCGCCGCCGGCAAGGGCGGUGUUGGCGACGAUGACAACGAUGGGGCCCUCACGGACCUGCUUCUUGCCGCUGUCCAAGACGUAGAGGACGUGGUGGACGCUUCGUUCGUGGAAGAGCUCGAGAACGCCUCCAUCACCAGACCCAUGGAAAUCAGGGGGAACGGGAAGGGCAAGGGGGGGGCGACGACACGAUCGUCUACGGCGGCAGCAGCAGCUGGGAUUGGCGGAUCAGCGGCACCGGCAAGAGGCCGAGGCAGCAAAGGGAGUUCCGCAAGGAGGGGAGGGGGGCGGGGGAGCGGGGCUCCGUCGCCCGCCGGAAACGGGUCGGGAGAGGGGGAGGGGGAGGAGGAGGGGGAGGGGGAAGACGAGUGGCACCGAUAUCGAGAGACUAUGGCCCCCCUCCAGUACGUGGAAGUUGAAGAUUUGGUCGGUUUUUGCUUCAAGGCGGAGUCUUCAAAGACCGCCAACAGAGGGAACCCUCAGAGAGUGAAGCGCUUGGGCCAGGAGCAUGCGGAUCUGAGCCAAAGCCUGCCGCUCUCGCUGUCUUCGGCCGUGUUCGUGAGGACACACGAGGACCAGAUGGACUGGAUGCAGGUUAUGAUAUCCGGUCCGGAUGAUACCCCCUACUCCGGGGGGCUGUUCGCCUUCGACAUCUUCUUCCCGGACAACUAUCCUCAGACCCCACCCAAGGUCAAGCUCAUGACCACGGGCGGCGGCACCCACCGCUUCAACCCCAACCUCUACGCCGAUGGCAAGGUGUGCCUGUCUCUUCUAGGAACGUGGGACGGGGACCGGGGGGAGAGCUGGAACGCCCAGACGUCCACGUUGCUACAGGUGCUGGUGUCGAUUCAGUCGCUCAUCUUCGUGCCACAGCCGUUCUUCAACGAGCCUGGGUACGAGAGACAACUUGGCACGGAGCUAGGGAAGACGCAAUCCUGGGACUACAACGCCAAGCAGAGAGAGGGCACGCUCAAGCUGGCGAUGCUGCAGAUGCUGCAGAUGCCACCCGCCGGGUUCGAGUCUGUCGUGAGGGGACACUUCUACCUGCGACGGAAGUACUUGGAAGGGCUGGUGGCGCAGUACAUCUCGGAGGCAACGGCCAGGCAGGGAAGCGGGCAGCACCUCAAGAGGCUGCAGGCCCUAGCCACCCAGCUGCAGGAGAAAUUCGCGACGCUACAGCCGCCCACCGCUAGUUAGCCAGCCGCCCACCGGAGGGAGGGAGCAAGGCGUGUCUUGGCGUGGGGCAGCCGCGGGAAGGGGGAGGGGAGGGGGGGCGGCAUCUGUAAUCUUAGCCGUUGGGUGCGCCGUUGCCGUCGACGGCCUUAUUCUAGCGUAGCACCAUCGCACCUCCCCCACACGCGAUGACUGCUGUGCUAGUAGGUCCAAUCGCGUGCUGGCCUCCGAAGCGGAGACCAUCAGAGCCUGGCCAGAGGGGCGGCGGAACACCGGCAACCGUAUGGCUACCCCGAGGAAGUUUCUUUAGGGUUAGAAAAUUCCUUGCGGCGAGGGACAAAGAGGGGUAGCGUCGUGUUGGACUACACCAGCGAGAGAGCAUGGUUGUGGUAUGUAAGUCAAGCCUGUCGGCACCACCCGUGUGGUCUGGCCUCGAAGAAAAGUCGGCAGUAGGCCGAGCCACUUGAGCAACAGCGGUAGUAGAAUAGUCCGAACUGCGACGCGUAUAUGUAUGUCGCCACGAUCAAUCAGCGCUAGGGUCCUGUGUGCCCUAUCGUUCAUGCACGGCCGCAGACUUCAGCCGCAUGAGAGACCCUCGCUCUCAUCCCUCGUAAGAAAGCAAUAUGAGCAACCCUCACUUCCAUCCCUGCAGAGAAAGCCGUGGCAGGUCGGAUCUUGACCUACUGGUGGCAGCGUAGGAAGGGGCAGAACUGGUGCCGUCGCGGAAGGAAGGGGUUUGGAGUUGGAUUGGAUUGGUCCGUGGGAGGCAUGGUAGGCUCUGGGCGCGCUAGUGGAAAAGAAGCGAGCUGGCUUCGGGUCUUACACGUCCAUCUCCUUGCAAGCGCUCUUUGUUGUUGUGGUGUUUUGUUUUACUUUAUUUUCCUUGCUUGUUUGUGAUGGUCGGCAACAUGUCUUUGCGUACGUCGCGUGUUGGACCGUGUGGUCAGUUAUUCAUGGGUCUGAUGUGUUCUUACAUGCGUGUCAUCUUAUGUACGUGGGGUUGUUCUAGUUGUUUCUUACGCUGAAUGUAUGGGGGAGGACUUCUAUUCACGUUAGUUGUUAAAGGUUUAGACGUACUGCAUCCCCUUUCUUGCAGGGGGGUCCGUGGGGUCAGAAGAUGAUGCAUCGUCCAGGAGAUGGGGGGUGGGUCUCUGCUGUGGGCAUACCGCGACCGUUUGUCUUUCUGCCUAGGAGGUCAGAUCAUGUCUGCCUUUACUCUGUCGACCCUCCUCGUCGUUCAGAGACGACGCUUGCUUGGAGAAUUUAAAUUUUUCGAAGGAAUGGAUGGCCUUGCUGAUGGAUGGAAUGGCAACCGGUCGGUCACCGCCCACCAACAUGAUGAAAAAAACACACAAUAAGAAACAAACGAGGAUAAGGACCCACCCGUUGAUUCGAGUCGUGGGACACCCAGGUUCUCUUCCACCAAAAUCAGCCGUCAUUCUCGUCGACCUCAACGAGAGAAUCGGCCUCGAACGACACACGCUUUUAGGAGAUUUGGGAGAUCGUGCCCUCAUCAACAGGGAUGAUCUCCAUCCAAAUCUCUUCGUGUGCUGUUUGAUCCACUUGUUGUCUGUCCUCUCUGGCUUUGUUCGCGAGAGCCGGGUCGCCGAGUCGACACCAUAUGUAUGUCUUUUUUUCGUGCACCCUCGGGUCUAGCGCGCGGAAGGCACGGCAAAGGUGAGAGACAAUGGCUACUACAUUUUUCUUGAAAAAAAGCACGACGAGUAAUUGUGUGGAUUAUAGUAGUGUACUUGUCGAGCGGUAUCGAGUUGGCCGUUAUGCGUGCUGUUUCCUGAUAAAAUUGGCUAGAAAUCUGCUAGAAACGUGGGGGAGACGUGUUGAUCUUGUUUGAAGCGUGUAGAGUCUAGAGAGAGAAAUAACGUUUUGGGCGGGGAAUGGACCGUUUGUUGUCUCCACAUUAACUAAGAAAGCGUUC